CAAAAAUACUGAAUUUUAUGUAUGGCCCAACUUUAGACCAAAAGAAAUACUAAACUGUCAAAGGCGGCUUACUGUUAUCGAUGCAUUCAAUUCAACUUUAUAUUCAUCGCCCAAAGUUAUCGAUAGCGAUGGACUUACCGCAUUCUGAUUGACCAUGAUACGGAAUAUUGUGGUGGGCAUAUCUGGAGGCGUGGACAGCGCUGUCAGCGCACAUCUGCUAAAGGAGCGUGGCUACAAUGUGCUCGGCAUAUUCAUGCGCAACUGGGACGAGCACGACGAGGCCGGACAUUGCAGCGGUGAGCAGGAUCUGAAAGAUGCAACCUGGGCAUGCCACAAGCUGCAAAUCGAGCUACGCGAAGUCAACUAUGUGAAGCAAUACUGGACGGCGGUGUUUAGCCAAUUCCUCGAUGAUUACCAACUUGGACUGACGCCCAAUCCCGACAUAUUGUGCAACAAGCACAUUAAAUUCGAUCUGUUUCACAAGCACGCACUGGACACCCUCAAAUAUGAUGCUGUGGCCACUGGACACUAUGCUCGCAAUAGUCUAGGUAACUUUCUGGACCAGUGCAACACCAAAGACACUGAACAGCAGGCGCGUUUGCUUAUACCCGCUGACACCUUCAAGGAUCAGACUUUUUUUCUAGCCGGCAUCGCACAGAAAACACUGCAACGCACCAUGUUUCCACUUGGGGAGUUGCAGAAAUCUGAGGUCAAGCAGUUGGCCAAACGCAUAGGGCUGCAUCGGCUGGCAGAGAAACGCGAAAGCACGGGCAUCUGUUUCGUGGGCAAGCGUGACUUCAAAUCGUUUAUACGCGAGUAUAUUACCUCCAAGCCGGGUCAUUUCGUGGAUGUGGAUAGCGGUGCUGUUGUGGGCCAUCAUGAGGGCAUUCAUCAGUGGACCGUGGGUCAGCGUUGUCGUCUAAGUUCCUAUUUGCAACCAUAUUUUGUGGCACGUAAAGAUGCCGCCAGCAAUACCAUCUAUGUGGCCUCUGGUCACGAUCAUGCUGCGCUCCACUGCACCCGCUUUCACAUUGGCGACAUUAAUUGGCUAUGCCACCGAUCCCGGCAGCAACUAGCCACAAAUGGCAGCUUGCGUUGCCGCUUUCGCUUUCAGCACACGAAGCCCCUUGUUGACUGCCAGCUGCUGCAUUCCGGUGUCGUGCAGCUUGAUGCUCCACUACGUGCCAUCACUCCGGGCCAAUAUGCGGUCUUCUAUGACGACGUUGCCUGCCUGGGAGCUGCCCGCAUCCAGCAAGCCGAGGCACUACAGCAAUCGGAGCUGCAAAUCGCCAGAGAACAACUGUAGCCUUUAAGCACUUACUAAAUAAAAUAUAAUGUUCAUAACUACA